AUGUCUGCGGUUGUUGAAACAAGUUCGCCGCACCUCCGGGUGUCGGCAGCCAAGGCAUCCGACAAAACACAGCCAGAGUCCACCAGAAUCCAGGCACCGGAGGCUUUGGUUGACGACCAUUUCUUCUGGACAUACACCGAAGAGCCGCAUCGCUCAAGACGACAGGCAAUUAUCAAGGCCCAUCCGGAGGUUACCAAGCUAUGUGGCCCCGAGCCUCUCACCAAAUGGGUCGUCCUCGGCGUCGUGUCCCUACAACUCACCUGUGCCUACCUCCUCCGCAACACCUCAAUGCUCGAUUGGCGGUUCUUGGUCACAGCAUACGUGAUCGGUGCGACUUGCAACCAGAACCUGUUCCUAGCCAUCCAUGAGAUUUCACACAACCUGGCAUUCCGGUCCGCUUUUGCCAACCGAUUGCUGGCCAUCUUCGCCAACCUCCCUAUCGGACUGCCAUACAGCGCAGCCUUCCGACCCUACCACCUGACGCACCACAAAUCCCUUGGCGUAACAGGCCUCGACACCGACCUCCCCACAGCAGUGGAAGCCUUCUUCCUAAACUCCCUCCUGGGCAAAACCUUUUUCUGCACCUUCCAAAUCCUCUUCUAUGCCGUGCGGCCGAUGUUCAUCUACAGCCCACCCUUCACCUACAUCCACCUCCUGAACCUCGGCGUGCAAAUAAGCUUCGACUACGCCCUUAGCAAACUAUGCGGCGGCACCAUCCAACCAGUGCUAUACUUCCUUCUGAGCUCAUUCCUCGCCGGAUCUCUGCACCCCUGCGCAGGCCACUUCAUCGCAGAGCACUACUUCUUCUCGAACGUGAAGAGCGGCGGCACAGAGUCCCUGACGGAGCUGAAGAAGAACGAGAAGACCAAGGUUCCGCACCCGCUCGACUCCCUGCCUCCCCCGGAGACAUACUCGUACUACGGCCCGCUCAAUAUCCUCACUUACAAUGUCGGCUUGCACAACGAGCACCACGAUUUCCCUGCUAUCCCCUGGACUAGAUUGCAUAAGCUGCAUGAGAUUGCGCGCGAGUUCUAUGAGCCGCUGCCUUGCCACCGGAGCUGGGUUUGGGUUAUUUACACUUUCAUCUUGGAUAAGAAUGUCGGUCCGUGGUGUCGUGUGAAGCGCGAACAGGGUGGACGGAUUGUUGGUGGUGGGACGAAGCGCGGUGGUGAUUCUGCUGCGUCUAAGCAAUGGAAUGGGCGUAGUGGUGAGGGCAUUUCGGCUUCGUCGGCGGGUCCGGCGGCCGAGGAGGGUGAUGGGUGGAAGGAGAGUGAGCUUCAAUGCUAG